UAGAUUGGUGCCAGUGGGGAACACCACAAACAGAGAAGAGUAGUACUUUUAACUCUCUGCUCUUAAAAGUUAAAACCCUAAACGUAUCUGCGUCAUAAACCCUCGCGCCUUUGCUCUCUCUUUCUCAAGUAGUAGUAAGCUAACUAGCUAAGCUGCCUUUAUUUAAGUUAGCCGCCGCUUUUAACUCUGAGAGAAAGUCAUGUUCUUUCACUUUCUCUCUUCUUGCCAUGGUUGGGUUUCUCGCUAAACCAGCCAAAACCGUUGAAGAAGAAGAGCUGCUAGCUCUGCAAGUCCUAGUCGAUCAACAAGACCCCAAGGUAAAAGCUUUCAAGGACACUCUUGAUUUCCCUUCCCUCGAUUCUUUUCUUGAUUUCGAUUCCGUCUCUUGGUUUGGGAGUAAUCGAAACGUUGAGGAGUUUAGCAUUGAAGAUACCGACUUUGGUUUCUUUGAGAACAAUAUGGAUAUGGUUCAAGAAACUGUUAAGUCUGAGUCGAUUGAGAGAAAGCCUGAGCUUUGUGAUGGCAUAUCUGGCCAAGUUGCUGUGAGUUCGAUUAGUCCUGAGUCUAUGGUUGAAGAAAAGCCUGUGCUUUGUCAUGUCAUGUCUGAGCCAGUUGGAGUGAGCUCUAUUGAGGCUGGGUCGGUACAGCCCAAGGUCUGUGAUGAACCAGCAGUGAAAGAUUCAGAACCGGCUGUUUCUGACAACUCUAGGCCCAUGGAAGGUGAGACUGAGCCAGUUGUUGUGUCUGUUGCUUGCCCCACCAUGGAUUUGGAUGAUUCAGGGUCGAAGAAAACAGAUGAGGGUUUGGCUUGUUCUAUUGAAGUAGGGUUGAAGAAGGUAAGUUUGGCGAUGGAUGAUGAUGACAAGAUUGUUGAUGCUAAAGGGAAAACGGAUUCUUCUGAGUCUGAGAGCGAAACCUCAAACUCUUCCUCAAGCAGUUGUGCUAGUGGUAGCAGUGAGGAAGAGGAGAGUGAUGAAGAUGAGAGCGACCAAGAGGAAAAUAACAAGGAAAAGAAGUUUGAAGAUCACAUGGUCUUGGGGAAAGAGGAUGAUCUAGCAAGGGAACUUGAAGAGGGUGAGAUAGAGAAUUUAGGUGAGGAGUAUGGGGAUGACGAAAUUGAGGUUGUUGAAGAUGAUGAUGACGAUGAUGAUGAUGAUGAUGACGAUGAUGAAGUGAAUGAGAUGAUUGCUUGGAGCAAUGAUGAGGAUGAUGACUUCGGUUUGCAAACAAAAGAACCUAUAAGGUCAAAGAAUGAACUCAAGGAGCUUCCUCCAGUUCCAGCUGUGGAUGUCACUCUGGAACCGCAUCAUGCCACACUUCCUGUUGGAGUUGUUCUUUCGAUAAUGAGCACACAAGUAAUAGUUGAGGGAAUGGAAAAGCACAGUCCUUUGACUGAAGGUUCUAUCCUCUGGUUAACUGAAAAAAGAACCCCAUUGGGACUGGUGGAUGAGAUCUUUGGACCCGUAAAAUGCCCUUACUAUAUUGUGAGGUUCAAUUCAGAGAGCGAAGUGCCAGAGGGGAUUAGUCAAGGAACACCUGUCUCUUUUGUCGCAGAUUUCGCUCAACAUAUCCUUAAUAUCAAGGAACUGCAGAAGAAAGGUUACGAUGCAUCUGGGGAUAACGACGAGGAGAUACCAGACGAGCUAGAGUUCUCAGAUGAUGAAAAAGAAGCUGAAUACAAAAGAAUGCAGAAGAUGGAGAAGAGAGGGAUGAUGAAUGACCAAAAACCUGGUAAUACAAGAAACAAGAAGAAGAAAAACCGAGAUCUCGAAAGGCCUACAAGCAACUACUCAGGCAAAUGGACAGAGAACCAGGGAUCUAGUUCUCUAAGCUCAAGCCGUUCUGAUCCUCAGAUGGGUGGUACGGUUCCAACUCUUCAUCCGCGUCCUCAAAUGGACGGUUUCGGAUCUAGUUCUCUAAGCUCAAGCCGUUCUGAUCCUCAGAUGGGUGGUCCGGUUCCAGCUCUUCAUCCGCGUCCUCAAAUGGACGGUUUCCCUCCAAACAAUGCAGCAUGGAGGCCCCAAAGUAAUCAGCAGAACCCAUAUCAGUUUCCUCCUAUACCUAAUCAGAUGGGAAUGCACAAUCUAGCCCCAAUGCAGAUACCUUUGAUGGCUAUGUAA